AUGAGCUCCAGAGAUUACCAAUUGUAUAAGUACACACCUUCCAAGGUUGCUGCAAUAGUAUCUGCCAUAGUUUUUGCAGUUUGUGCUGUGGUGCUUGUUGUUCAGUUACAAUAUCUUGGGCGCGUGUACCGCAGACGUGGGCUCGAGAAAAAGGUUGUGAGAAGCAUUUGGAGUAAGCAUAUUUGUUUGUUACUGGGAUGUGUGUUUGAGGCUGUGGGGUUUCUUGCUCGUAUAGUUUCAUCCAAUAACCAGAAUGCAUUAGGACCGUAUAUUGUACAGUCAUGUUUAGUGUUGGUGGCACCAGCGCUAAUGGCUGCUUCGAUAUACAUGCUCUUUGGCAGAAUGUUAAGGCUGCUGCAGCUCACAAGCCUGUCAUUUGUACCGUCGAGAUUUUUCACGGCCGUUUUUGUUACAGGAGAUCUUGUCAGUUUUAUGAUGCAAUGUACGGGAGGAGGGAUGAUGGCUACGGAGUCGAAGCAAACUCUAGGGACCAGGAUUGUGUCGGUUGGUUUGGUGGUGCAGUUGAUAAUCUUUGGGCUGUUUAUGAUAACGGAGGUGCGGUUUGCGAUGCAGGCGGAGGCGAAGUCGCCGCUGGUGAAGUCGAUUUCGCGGACUUGGUUCAAACUGAACAUGGUGCUUUUUGCGGCAAGUAUGCUGAUUCUGGUGAGAUCUGUGAUCAGACUAGUAGAGUUUUUCCAAGGAUUUGAUGGGUACAUUAUCACGCGCGAGUGGUUCCUGUAUGCGUUCGAUGCGUUGCCCAUGGCGGCGGUUCCUGUGAUGGUGAUAUGUAUUUACUGGAGGCACAGCAUUUUUGAGCUUGAAGAUGAAGUAAGUAAGUUCGAGUGUGACACAUUGAUGUAUAAUAUAAAGGCUGGGGAAAUAAUUGAGUGA